CGACCAUAGCAAGAAAUUUGUCCCUCUAUGACAUCCGUAGAGAGGGCGGGAUUAUUUCGAGAAGAGCCUCUGGGUAGUUUUUCGGAAGCUUCUUUGGCUCAGGGAACGGUGGUCGCCGACGGCAGCUGAGAGACCAUGUUCCGCCUUGAGGGUCUGGGGCCCAAGCUGGACCCGGAGGAAAUGAAGCGCAAAAUGCGCGAGGACGUCCUCUGUUCGAUCCGCAACUUCCUCAUCUACGUAGCCGUGCUGCGCGUCGCUCCAUACAUUUUAAAGAAGCUGGACAGCAUAUGAUAGUAUGAACUUUGAGGGUUGCCUACAUGGAAGACCAAGCUGGACUUUGUAAGCUUUGCUAAGAAUGGACUAUAGACAAGUGACUCCAUAUCCUGACAGAUGGAUCCUGAAUAUUUCCAUAUGAAGAUUAUAGAGCAGCUGAAAAAUAAUUCUUGUAAUUUUGUUCCUGCUUCAUGUUUGGUGCAAUCUUGUUUUUAUUCAGAGUUUAUAACCAGAUCUGAUUUGGGAAAGCUGCUGAAUAUGCAUUGGAAUAUAAUUAUCUUUGAAGUAUAAACAGUGUUGUCACUAUACAAUCUCCAUGUGAAACCUUAUGAAUGUAUCCUGAAAGAUUAAAAUAAAUGGAGCAUAUGUUCUAA